AUGGAAGUGACUUCGGACAAUAAUCUUGUAUCCAAUCACCGGAUUUCUGACGGCACAGAGGAUGUUGUGCGGCUGGAUUCUGCCGCGACCAUCUCAGCUGAUUUGACGGAGACCACCAGUGAGGAUCAGAAGAUCAAUCUCCGUUCUGCUAAGGACAAAGAUGUGGACAGCGGAGGUAGUGAGUACAGCAUCUAUAGUGACACUAGCGAUGAUGACGACGGUGGCAAGAAGAACGAAAAUCAGAAUGCUCGAAACAGAAAGCACCAGGUCUUGCCAAUCAGCACCGAUGGCACAAAAUUGACCAUUGACCCCAAGGAGCUUGAGGCGCGUGUUAAGGACCUCUUGCAUGACAAGCUGUCAAUGAAUGCUUUCAAUGGCACAUCUCAAGCGGACAGCACCUCAAAAGUCGUUUCUCCAAAUCAAUAUUCGACCAAUAAAAGCGAGGUUUACUUCUCGGCAAUCGCGAAACUCUGCGUAGAGAACAUGAUGUUGAGGAAUAAACUUGACACCGCCCUCCGGACUGCGGAAGCGAGUACCAAUCAGCCAUCAGAUUCGAUCGUCGUGGAGCCUCUUGUGGAGGAAAAGCGACCCAAACCUGAUACCUUCAAGAAUUUCCACCUCGUGUACUGCACUCGAGGACGGAACAGCUAUUACAAAGACGUCCCGAGAAUGUUCAAAGGCGACCUGAUCUCUGACCACCUUCGCGGUCAACACGGAUUGCCGAAAGAUUUGACCAAUUUCUUGAAAGACAAUCCGGAAAUCAUCUUUACUACAAUUAAUUGUUACAAUUGUGGUUGUAACGGAGGCCCAAGUUACCACGGAACCGUCGGGUACAGAGACGGCAAACUGGUUGCAGAUUCGCCCCUUGCCGAGCCCGCAAAGAACGUCCAGGUUGUUCUUGGGAAACGCAUUCAGGACAUCAUCAAGGGGAUUAUCAAGUCACACGCAGAGAGUUUUAAGGGCUAUUCGGCGGUAGACUUCCCAGCUUUGUGGAUAGGGCCGUACCGCUUCUUCUUCACUCACAACAAAACUCUGUUGGACAUUGCAACCUCUGCAGAUGUGAGCGAGUCCGACCUGUCUUGCAUCCAAAUGCUAUGCAAUUGGUUCGAAACCAAUCAUCGCAAAGAUUGGGACGAAGCACGCGAGCUGAUGUCCAGGGGCAAGAUCAAUCCCAAACAUGACACCAAGCUCUUCGGACCGGACGAGCUCUAUGUCGGCCGGGUUAGCGACGAUCCAGACGUCCUGGAAGUAUUCAAAUUCAAAGAGUAUCCUUGGUUUGCUCCUCGCGACUCGUUCGCGGAUCAAUAUAGCUGGGGCUUCAACGGUCAAUCCGGAGAGGCGCCCAUGUCGGGACAGGCCGAGAAGCGAUUCAUGGUGGACUACGCAAUGCUUCGCCGGAUGUACCCGGAUAAGACCGUGUUCAGCAACGCUUCAGACGAUCUUGGCGAAGAAGCAAUGAACAAGACCGAGCCACCGGAUGACGACUUCCUUGCUAUGUUACCACCCUACAUCUAUGGAUUCGACAUCGACUCCAAGACUUGGAGAUCUAUCAGAAUCGAUCGCACGACGGCGGUUACUUGGAAUAAGGACGCCUUUAAUAGGCUCGUGAUUGCUCCAGACACGAAGGAGAUGCUUCUGGCUGCCGUUACCUCCCAUGGAGCGCAUAAUGUUCCGGCAACGGACUUGAUCGCCGGCAAAGGCCAAGGGCUUUUGAUCUUGCUUCAUGGGGGCCCAGGGACCGGGAAGACGCUAACGGCUGAGAGCAUCGCGGAGGCACAAGAGAAACCCUUGUACCGGGUAACGUGCGGUGACAUUGGAAUGGAGCCCGAGGAUGUCGAAGUGUACCUGAAAAGCGUUUUGGAGAUCGGAAAGGCAUGGAAAUGUGGUGAGACUCCAGCCUGGACUGUGCCCAACCAGAAGCAGAAUGCAAUAGUAUCAGUCUUUCUAAGGAUGCUGGAGUACUACCCUGGCAUUUUGAUUCUGACAUCGAAUCGCGUGGCCACAUUUGACGAGGCCUUCAAGUCGAGAAUCCAUCUGCCGAUUCGCUAUGCCGAUCUGGAUGAGGAUCAACGUGUUCAAAUCUGGAGUAACUUUCUCGAGGUCCUCAAGCGAUCCAAGGAACGUGUGGAUUUUGCAGACCUUGAAUCAAACGUUCCUCACCUAGCCCAACUCGCCCUAAACGGAAGACAGAUCCGCAGCGCGAUCCAAAUGGCAAGAUAUUUGGCUAGAUAUCGAAAGCAGAUGAUGGUCUACAAGCACGUGCAGGAUGCUGUCGCUGCAGUCAUGAAGUUCGAUGGAUACCUGCAGGAAUUUCUGGGUCCGGAUGAUGUUUGGGCUAGACAAGAGAGACUAAGAUAA